AAGCCUUACUUUUCUUGAAUUUGAAUCGCUAAUUCGAUUCCAGCUAUCUUAGUCGAGCUUCGAUUAUAAGGAAAUGGUGGUCAUUGAAGAGGAAAGCCAAAACGAUCAAGUAAAUACAAGAACUGCUCCAGAGGUUUCCGCAGAUGCUACUGAAGAGGCAACUGGUAGGGAAGCGGAAGGCUUUGAAACAGCAAGUGAAGGUGAAGGUGAAGGCGAUGGCGAAACCGAAGAACAACCUGCACCUCCUAAAGAUGACUCUUACGAAGAUGCCUUGACUGAUGAGCAGUUGCAACAGAGAGCUUUAUCUCAAGCCAAUGAUGCGAAGGCUGAAGGCAAUCAACUUUUUGGGGCUGGGCAGUAUGAAGAUGCAUUGUCAAAGUAUGAACUUGCAUUACAGCUGGCUGCUGAGAUUCCUUCAGCCACAGAAAUACGUUCCAUGAGUCAUGCAAACCGUGCUGUUUGUUUCUCAAAAAUGGGUAAAUAUGAUGAGACAAUCAAGGAAUGCACAAAAGCAUUGGAGCUAAAUCCUUCGUACCUGAAAGCUUUGCUUAGAAGGGCAGAGGCACACGAAAAGCUUGAACACUUUGAAGAGGCUAUUGCAGACAUGAAAAAAAUCUUGGAAUUGGAUCCUUCAAAUGAUCAAGCUAGAAGAGUCAUAAGGCGUUUGGAGCCAUUGGCAGUGGAGAAGCGAGAAAAAAUGAAGGAAGAGAUGAUUGGUAAGCUAAAAGAAGUGGGGAACUCCAUAUUAGGGCGCUUCGGUAUGAGCGUCGACAACUUCAAAACUGUUCAAGAUCCAAACACCGGAUCCUAUUCCAUCUCAUUCCAGCGAUAGAACUGCACAUGAGUCUUUUGAUGUUUUCUGAUUUUAAAGGGGAAAGAAAAUUGAAAUGGUAGAGAAAUAUUGUGAAUGAGAUCGGUAAGUGAUUAUAGCUUCAUUAUGAGUGCAUGCUGUGUUGCACAUUUCACAUGAUAAUGAAACUGGGAGCUUGUAUUAGUCUGUAAAACCUGGAUCUGCUGUGA